GACACUCCCGACUGUCGGUAAUUUUACAUUUCAUUCUUCUGCCUUCUACUUAAUAAUAGUGCUUUGUCGCCAUUGUCAUUUGAUUUAUGCUAGUUAACAGAUUUAUUUAAAAAUGAGUUCAAGUGAAGAAGAUUAUCAGGGAUUUUCCAUAACAAUGGACAAAUCGCAGCAGGCCUCUACAAGUUCCCAUGGGAAAAACGAUACAGAUACACCCACAAAAAAAAGAAAAUAUCGUGACGAGUUAAGUGUGGACGAAAAACAAAAAGUUUUCAAAAGGAAGUUCCAUUCAGAUUGGAAAAAUGAGGAAGAAUUUAAAGGGUGGCUCUGUGAAGUGCCAAAUGAACAAGGAAAAUUCAAAUGUCAAUUGUGCAAUUGUAUUCUUUCACUAAGAGCUGGAAAACAGGAAGUAGUUAAGCAUGCUAAUUCAAAAAAGCAUUUAGCUAAAAUCAAUGCGAGAAAAUCGACACCAUCGGUUAAAAGCAUGUUUCAAGAAUCCCAGACAGCAACUUCAAUAAAGGACGAAAUUGCGACAGCCGAGAUUCGUAUUAGUGCUUUUUUCGCAGAACACAAUAUUGCUGUUUCUGUAGCCGAUGAUCUCGUAGAUUUAAUUAAAGUCACCUGCAACAAACCUGAUGUUGUUAAAGGAAUAUCACUUGCAAGAACAAAAACAACGAAAGUGAUAAAUAAUGUAUUAUGCAAAGUUGAAACAAGUGAACUAAUUUCAAUCUUGAAGGUAAUUAAGUUUAGCAUUUUAGUAGAUGAAAGCACAGACUUAAGUAUGGAUAAAUACCUAUGUAUUUUAGUGAGAUAUGUUUGUCCCGAAUCAGGUAAUUUAAUGACUAAAUUACUUAAAAUGUUGAAAUUAGAAGCAACUGAUACCACAGCAGAAAAUAUUUACAGACAGUUUAAACAAUUUUUCAAGGCAUGCGAUAUUCCUUUAACUAACAUUAUUGGGUUAGCUUCUGACGGAGCGAAUGUAAUGUUGGGUAAGCACAAUUCCUUUAUGACAAGAUUGAUGGCUGAUACAAAAGUAUUAGUUGUUUUGAAAUGUAUUUGCCAUAGUGCAGCUAUAAUAGCAAGUACUGCAUGCAAUGUUUUACCUGCAGCUCCUGAGGAUUUAUUACGGGCCUUAAGCUCAUAUGUGUCCGCUAGUGGUAAACGAUCUGCUCAGCUAGCCGAAUUACAGGAGUAUCUGAAUAAUUCUAAAAAAAAAAUUUUAAAACUGUCUUCAACAAGGUGGCUGUGCCUGCAUCAGUGUAUUGAAAGGGUUUUAGAAAUGUGGUCUACUUUGCAGCACUUUUUUCUACUGGCCUCUACUGAGGACCAUCUUAAACAAACGAAAUUCAUAUUAGAUGCUUUGAAUUGUAGCGAGACCAAGGCCUACCUUUUAUUUUUGAAAUAUGUUCUUAAUUUUCUGAACUCUUUUAAUGCGCUGUUUCAGGCCAAAACAGUCCUUAUCCAUCAAUUAGGAGCAGAAAGCAGACGUAUUUACUUCAAAUUUUGUAAUAACUUUAUAAAACCAAGUGAAAUCAAAAUUGAUGUUAACUGCAAUCUCCCAAUUAAUUUUGUAGAUAUAUGGAAAGUUUAUUUAGGGUCUGACUGUGAAAAUUUCAUUUUAAAUUUAGAAGUAGAUGUACAAAAAAAAAUUAGAUUGAAAUGUUUAGAAUUUUAUUCAGUUUGUUGUAGAGAAAUGCAGAAUCGUUUACCGAUGCAAGAUAUCUUUUUUAAUGAAUUAUUGUUUAUAACACCAAAGAUUGCUUUGUCAUUAGAAAGGCCUGAGGAAUGCCAACAAAUUUCGGCGGUUAUUUCAAAAUUUCAGGCGAUUUUAGAUAAAAAAAAAUGAAAUAGAAACAGAGUGGCGAAAUAUUCAAUUUCACUUCAGUGAUGAAGAGAAAAUGGAAUUAUUGGAGUUGCCGAUUUCCAAAUUUUGGCAUAGAAUAAGAGAAACCAAAGAUUUUAGUGACAAAAGUAUAUUUAUCAAUAUUGCUACUUUAGCAUUACUUGUACUUUCGCUGCCACACUCAAAUGCAGGAGCUGAAAGGGUAUUUUCAAUAAUGAAUGAUGUGAAAACAAAAAAGCGGAAUAGACUUCAAGAAAAUACAUUGAAUUCUCUUUGUGUAUUGCGUAGCCAUUUUCAAGAGACUGGAACAAAUGCUGCAAAAAUGUGUGUCAAUGAAAAACAUUUAGAUUUGAUGAAAUCAAAAAAUUUAUAUUGCUAAUAAGGUAUUAUGUUGUGUUUUGAACUUCUGUUCUGUUAUACCUAUGAAAUGAAUAGGUAAUUUUUAAUUUUACUAUAUUAUUUUUUAUUCAUUAAACGUUUAAAUUUGAUAAAAUCAAAAAAUUUAUAUACCUAAUUAGGUAUUAUGUUGUGUUCUGAACUUUAUCUAUAUUAUUUUUUAUCCAUUAAACAUUUGUUGAUUAUGUUGAA